ACAUUGAACAAAAGAACACGAAAUGCAAAGUGUGUUUAAAAACGAUCGUAACCAACCAAGGCAACACGACGAACCUUUUCCAUCACCUACAGCACAAUCAUGCCGUUGAGUUUGAAGAUGUGCAAAAAGCUCAAAGCGAGAAACAUGGCUCGAGUUCGAGGCUUUCUACCCCACGACAGCAGCGCAUAACGGAGGCAUUUGCGGGUGUGACACCGUAUGAAAGAACGUCGAAGAGGUGGGUUGAAAUGACAAACGCCAUUGGCUACCACAUAGCUAAAGAUAUGGCCCCCAUAGCUACUGUGGAGCGCACAGGGUUUAAGCGUUUAAUGAAUACUGCCGACAAGAGGUACGCCAUACCAUCGCGAAAAUACUUUUCACAAACUGUGCUCCCCAACAUGUUUAAAACCGAGAGGGAGAAGGUCGCUGCCGAACUAAAACAUUUGAAGCAUUUUGCUGCAACAUCCGACCUGUGGUCAAGUCGCACCAUGGAGCCCUAUUUGAGCUUGACGGUGCAUUUCAUUGACGAGUGGCAACUGCGCACCAGAGUGCUCGAAACGGCGUAUUUUCCCACUGAGCACACAGGAGAGAUGAUAGCUCAAGGCCUGACAUCGAUGCUCUCGUCAUGGGACCUCAAAGAAGAAAACCUCGUGGCUAUCACAACAGACAAUGGUGCUAACGUUGUCAAAGCUGCAGAGCUCAACCAUUGGAUGCGGGUGCAGUGCUUUGGGCACAGGCUCCACUUGGCAAUCGGUAAGUAUGCACAUUUAUGGUUAUGUUUUCAUGGCAACUCGACUGACUGCUUGCACUGUUAUAAAAUAAACAGAACCUAUUGUACUGUGUGAUUGACAAAUGUGAGUGAAUAACUGUACAAUCUAAGUAAAAAAAGUAGUGGUGAAAAGAACAGUAAGAAAAAAACCUAUGUACGUUUUGUGAUGGAUAUUUGUACUUUUAUUUCAUUACACGUUUCAGUAUUUUGCCACUCCACGAUUUUUUUUAUUUGCAGCAAAGUUAAAGUAUUAUCUCUCCAAAUUUACUUUAAAAAUGAACAUUUUGUCCAAUAUCUGGUUUAGUCCUGGUUUAAUCUUAGUAAAGUUUUUGUUAAGUUUAGUUUCAGUCCUAGUUUAAUAACAAAAACCUGAGUGGAAUAUUUUUACUUACAAAGUACUUUUGUGACUACUAAUGUACUUUUACUUGAGUUAACUUUUUUAAACUUUACUUUUGUAAGAAUUACAUUUUGAUGACUGGAUGCAAAACCUCCUAGCUGCAUUUUUAUUUUUAUUUUUUUUACUUUAAUUUUACACCUUAAAAUGUUAGAUUUGGACUUGUUCUCACUAUUUAAGGUGUAAACUCAAAAUUGAAAAUGAUGGAUGUGUUUUAUUCCUGCCAUCAAUUUGUUGCUUUAGUAUCAUAAUUUCUUAUACUUAAGGAAGAAAAGUACUUUUUUUUUUUUUUACCACCACUGUUGCUAUCUCUUUCUCCUUAUCUAAUUGUACAGAGUUGACCAUAUGAAAAUACUAAAUGACUGAUUAUUCGCACUGUACUUAAGAGCUAAAUAAUGUGUGUGUCUGUUUCAGAAAAUGCGCUGAAAAAACAACCUGCUGUGGAUCGGGCCGUAAAGGUCUGUAAGAAGAUUGUCAGCUCCUUCUCCUACAGUUGGAAGAAGAAGAAGGCUCUACACAAGGCACAGAUUGAAUUAAACCUGCCCCAACACAACCUUAAAACAUCAUGCCCCACCAGAUGGGGAUCAAUGCACUUGAUGACAGCAAGGCUACUUGAACAAAAGAAAGCCAUCACACAGGUCCUCUCUGAUGACAGAGCAUCAAGGCAUCUGAUACCAAAAUGGUCUGACCUGGAUGUGUUGGAAGCUAUGAACAAAGCUCUGGCUCCUCUGGUGGAGUUCACAGAUGCCCUGUCAGGUGAAGAGUAUGUGACAAUUUCAUCCGUGAAGCCUGUAUUACACAUCCUCCAUUCACGAGUGUUGGCUGAGGAAGAUGACGAUGUGGAGCUAACGAAAGCUAUCAAGUCUGACAUCAUUUCAUACCUUGAUGACAAGUUUUCAGAUCCCACCACUGAGGAGUUUUUGGACAUGGCCAGUUUUGUUGAUCCCAGAUUCAAAGCAUCCUACAUUUCUGCACACCAUGUCCCCACCAUUCAGGAAAAUAUUAAGAAAGAGAUGGAGUCAGCAGCUUUAGACCACACAGGACAAACCAGAGGCAGCACUGCAGCUGAACAUCAGCAUUCUUCAUUUCCAUCUUCUGAAGCAAAGAAGCCAAAGAAGUCACUGGGCAGUUUUUUCAAAAGAAGCGAAGCUACCUCUUCAACUGCACCUGCUGUGUCAAUUCAGCAAGCUGUAGAAGCAGAGCUGAGUAGCUACUUGGUGUCCCCUUUGCAGGAUAGUGAGGAAAAUCCUCUUGAUUGGUGGAGACAGCAUCAUGCCCACUUUCCCACUCUGAGCAAAGUGGCAAAAAAGUACCUUUGUGUACCAGCCACUAGUUCCCCAUCUGAGCGGGUUUUCAGCUCUGGAGGUAAUGUUGUUACAUGCCUCCGAUCCUGCUUGAAGCCAGAAAUGGUUAACAUGCUGGUGUUUCUAAGUAAAAACCUAGACUAAACCCUUAUCUGUGGAAACAAUGAUUAGAUGGAACAGCAAUCUUGAGUUAGAUUGACAUCUAUAGUUGUGAAAACAAGAUACCAAUCUCAUUUUGCUUUUAAUCAUCAGUGUGUUACACUGACAUUUUUGCACAUUUGUUGUUGCACUGGUUAUAAAGUUUGUUUACAAUAUGUAAAAUGUCUACCUCAUAUGGCACGGACUGCUUAGCUGCAAUUGUUUACGUGUUGUAUUGAAAUGUUAAUAUUUAUUCUAUAUUAUAUUAUUAUUAUUUUGUUGUUAUAAUUUUAUUUUCAAGCCAGUCCACCAUGCCUUUUUUGUACUUGGCAAUAGUUAAAUUUGUUUACUUUACAAGGGAUAUUACCUGAACAAAGACCUUACUGCUCUUGUGCCUUUACGUAUGCCUUUGCUCAAAAAUGUUUACAAGAGGUAAAUGAACCUUCACCUGUUUCAUGUAAGCUAAUUGUAGCAAUAUCCAGUCUGCUGAUACUUUUUCAAGUGCACUGUUUAAGCUGGUUUUACUUUUGAUCAUCAGCUUUACACUGAUCUUUUUGCACAUUGGCAGUUGGACUAGUUAAAAUGUUUGUUUAAAAAAUGUUUAUUGUUGUCUACCUCUCACAUGGCAGUGCUUUUUCUG